AUGACCACCACCUAUCUCGCUCCCCACGAGAGUGACCGCUUCGACUAUGUCGUCGUCGGUGGUGGCACGGCUGGAUGUGUGAUCGCAUCCCGUCUGGCUGAGUAUCUUCCUCACAAGAAGAUCCUCAUGAUCGAGGCCGGCCCCAGUGAUUUCAUGGACGACAGAGUGCUCGACCUUCGUCAAUGGCUGGCUCUUCUUGGCGGCGAGUUUGAUUAUGACUACCCCACCACCGAGCAGCCCGAGGGUAACUCUCACAUCCGCCACUCGCGGGCAAAAGUCCUGGGUGGCUGCUCGUCGCACAACACGCUCAUCUCGUUCCGGCCGUUCGAGUAUGACCUCAAGAUAUGGGAGUCGCUGGGGGCUAAGGGCUGGGAGUUCAAGGACUUCAUGCGCAUCAUGGACAACCUGCGCAACACGGUGCAGCCGGUCCACGCGCGCCACCGCAACCAGCUCUGCAAGGACUGGGUGCUGGCCUGCAGCGACGCCAUGAACAUCCCCGUCAUCCCCAACUACAACGAGGAGAUCACCAAGACCGGCUCGCUCAAGCAGGGUGUUGGCUUCUUCAACAUCUCGUACAACCCAGAUGACCACCGCCGGUCCUCCGCCUCAGUCGCCUACAUCCACCCGAUCCUGCGCGGCGAGGAGCAGCGGCCCAACCUGACCAUCCUCACCAACGCCUGGGUCGACCGCAUUAACGUCCACAAUGACACCGUCAAGGGCAUCAACGUCGUCCUGCGCGACGGCUCCAAGCGCUCCAUCAAGGCUCGCGUCGAGACUAUCCUGACCGCUGGCGCCGUCGACACCCCUCGCCUCAUGCUGCUGUCCGGCCUCGGCCCCAAGGACCAGCUGCAGAGCCUCGGCAUCCCCGUCUUCAAGGACAUCCCCGGUGUCGGCGAGAACCUGCAGGACCACCCCGAGUCCAUCAUCAUGUGGGAGCUCAACAAGCCUGUGCCUCAGGGCCAGACUACCAUGGACUCAGACGCCGGUAUCUUCCUCCGUCGGGAGAAGCCCAACGCUGCCGCCUACAAGCAGCCCGCCAACCCCAAGGCGCUGCCUGAUGGUGACAUCGCCGAUGUGAUGAUGCACUGCUACCAAAUUCCAUUCACCUUCAACACAGAGCGCCUCGGAUACGAGAAGGUGGCCGACGGCUACGCUUUCUGCAUGACGCCCAACAUCCCUCGCCCACGCUCCCGGGGCCGUCUGUACCUCACCUCCUCGGACCCCUCCGUCAAGCCCGCGCUCGACUUCCGCUACUUCACCGACCCAGAGGGCUACGACGCGGCGACGCUGGUGUACGGCAUCAAGGCGGCGCGCAAGAUCGCCGAGACGGAGCCCUUCAAGGGCUGGAUCAAGCGCGAGGUCGCGCCCGGCCCCAAGGUCCAGUCCGACGAGGACAUCAGCUACUACGCCCGCAAGGUCGCCCACACCGUCUACCACCCGGCCGGCACCACGCGCAUGGGCGACGUCGAAACCGACGACCUCGCCGUCGUCGACGCCCGCCUCAAGGUCCGCGGCCUCAAGAAGCUCAGGAUCGCUGAUGCCGGUGUCUUCCCUACCAUUCCGACCAUCAACCCCAUGCUUACGGUGCUCGGUGUUGCGGAGAGGGCGGCUGAGAUCAUUGCUGAGGAGGCUGGCUGGCAGCACAGCGCUCGUCUGUAA